CAGACUGCUGUGAGGCUCAGAGGACUCUUCCGUUUGACUUUGCUCACAUCCAGAACUGCUUGUUUCUGGAACAUGUCAACGAUCGUAAAGUGAUGCUCCGCCGCUGCAGGACGCACACGGUUAACGGAUUGAUGGAUGAUCUAAAUGAUGGAUAUUGUUGGAUGUGUGAUUUCUUCUGGACAUCACCUUGACCUCCAUUAGGUUUGAUAGUUUGAUGCGCGUCCCCCUGCAACUCGGACUGAAGCUUUCUCACCUGCUGUGAACCCGCUCGGCUCUUUAGCAUUUCAUUCGGGAGUUUAAACAUCAUUUCAAGUUUUUCGUCGCCCUUUCAUUGAGGUGGUGGUGGUGGCCAGUUCUCCCGAGGGAUGUUUGCGGGCUCCCGGGAUCAGGGAGCGACAGCCCGGCUCCUGCAGUGGACCUUCGCCUCGUCCUGGUGCCUCUGCAGCGGAUCCGAGAGGAGAUGAGAGCUGCGGUGUUGCACCUCCUCGCCGGCUGCCUCUGCCUAUUACGCACCGCUGCUGAGGAGUCUCCUCUCCCCCGGGAGCUGCUGGAGCGACUCUCCCGCAGCGAGAUCCGCAGCAUCAGUGACCUCCAGCGGCUGCUCGAGAUACACUCCGUAGAUAACGAGGUGAUCGAGGAGACUAAACACAGCUACAGCAAGGACUUCUCCCACAGCGUACACAGACACACACACACCAGACGCAGGAGGAGCACUGUGGUGGAAGAGGCGCUGCCGGCCGUGUGUAAGGUGCGGACAGCCAUCUAUGAGAUCCCCAGGAGUCAGGUGGAUCCCACCUCGGCCAACUUCCUCAUCUGGCCGCCCUGCGUGGAGGUGAAGCGCUGCACCGGCUGCUGCAACACCAGCAACAUGAGAUGCCAGGCGGCCCGAAAGCACCACCGCACGGUCAAGGUGGCGAAGGUGGAGUACGUGCGGCGGCGGCCGAAGCUGAGGGAGGUGCAGGUGAGGCUGGAGGAUCACCUGGAGUGUAUGUGCACCAACAAACGCCACAUCAGCCCACACUCAGACACAGACAACGGCAUCAGGUGAAGAGAGACGGAGCUGAACCUCCAUCACCUCCAUCACCUCCACCUCCAUCCUCCUGCCAGCGACAGGAGGAUGUUCUGAGCUGUGGGAGGUUUGACGGACGAUAACUGAUUCUUUACUCUGAGAGACACAAACUGAUGGUUUCCUUGCUGUGAUUCCUCGACGGAGAAAAGCAGCCAUUGGAUGCAGAAACGCUGGCGUCAGUGAGGUGGAUUCUGGGAUGUCGAAGGACUUACUGUCUGCGCCUCCUCGUCCAGAGAAUAACCCGCUCAGAGACUCGGAUUAUAAAGCCUUGGAUACAGUGACGACUGGGAUUAGGUUUUCUUUUUUUACUCCAAGAUUUACUCUUCAUCAGCACACACACACACACACACACACACACACACACACACACACACACACACACACACACAAACGUAUAUCCUCUUACUUUUAUAACCUCUCAUUUUCUAUUGCUGUCUGUUUGUAUUUGAUCUGCAGGAGAGAAACUGACACUAAUAAACUAUUUAUAUGGAAACUAAGUGAGCGUGGUGAUCAGGAAACAGCUUCUAGAGAAACAACAUGUUUCAGAGUGAACACUUUAUCUGAGUGUGUGUGUGUGUGUGCGUGUGUGUGAGAGAGAGAGAGAGAGAGAUUAUCUGGAGGAUCAUAAUACUGAAGAUAAAACCCUGUGAAUGUGUAACUGAGAGAAACACGCAUCCGAC